UGGAAUGCAGACACAGGCGCCACUUCUCAUAUGACACCUCAUCGUCAUUGGGUGCACCACUAUACCCCAUAUUGUGUGCCAAUCAAGCUGGCUGAUCACACUGUUGUCUAUUCAGCUGGUGUUGGUACUGUGGUGUUUAAUCCUGUGAUG